AUGUUGGGCAUCACUGUCCUCGCCACGCUCCUGGCCUGUGCCUCCAGCUGCGGGGUCCCCCACUUCCAGCCCAACCUAUCAGCCCGAGUGGUGGGAGGAGACAAUGCCAGGCCCCACAGCUGGCCCUGGCAGAUCUCUCUCCAGUACCUCAAGAAUGGCAAAUGGAGGCAUACAUGUGGCGGCACCCUGAUUGCCAAUAACUACGUCCUCACAGCUGCCCACUGCAUCAGCAACACCCUGACCUACCGCGUGGCCCUGGGGAAGAACAACCUGGUGGUGGAGGAUGAGGAAGGCUCCGUGUUUGCAGAUGUGGACUCCAUCGUUGUCCAUGAGAAGUGGAACUCCUUCCUGGUGCGCAAUGACAUCGCUCUCAUCAAGCUGGCAGAGCCCGUGCAACUGAGCAACACCAUCCAGGUGGCCUGCCUGCCUGAGGUGGACUCCCUGCUGCCUCAAGACUACCCCUGCUACGUCACAGGCUGGGGCCGCCUCUGGACCAACGGCCCCAUUGCCGACGAACUGCAGCAGGGCCUACAGCCCGUGGUGGAUCACGCCACGUGCACCCAGAAAGACUGGUGGGGCAACAUGGUGAAGGACACAAUGGUGUGUGCCGGGGGUGACGGUGUCAUCUCAGCUUGCAACGGGGACUCAGGCGGCCCACUGAACUGCCAGGCUGAGAAGGGUUUCUGGGAGGUGCGGGGCAUCGUCAGCUUCGGCUCUGGGCUGGGCUGCAACACUCUCAAGAAGCCCACGGUCUUCACCCGUGUGUCCGCCUACAUCGACUGGAUCAACGAGAAAAUGCAGCAGUGA